AUAGUACACACAGGGUCCCUUAACAGCGGGGUACUCCAAGUGGCAGUUCGUCAACAACGCCUUUGGUGGCUCUGGUGUCAACUGUCAUGUGAUUCAUCUAUGGUCAUUGUGAUUUUCAUGCAUAAAAAAGGAGACUUAACAUAUGCAGUACUGUUUUGAAUAUGAGUGAUUCUACGGGGCCUCGUCGAUCUGGUCGCCGGACCAUUCGACCACUUGAUUUUUGGAAUUUUGAAAAACCAGACGAUUCAAAAUCUGAAAAAAUUAUUUAUAAUGUAAUUAAUCUGAGCAAAUGCUCCAUAUAUGAUGGUUUUAGUACAAAGUAUUAUCAUGUAACCAAUAAAAAAUCCACAGAAGAUAAAAAGAGUAAAAUAACAGUGAAUAGAGUAAACAAAGGAAUACUUAAUGAUGAAGGGCGUGAAAAUGACACUCAGCCCAAAAAACAAAUAACUAAACCAAAGGAAGUUAAGAUAAAGUUGGGCGUGGACAGCAAAGACUCCAGCAACGAUGUCACAUCUAAACUAAGGAAGGACAGAAAAAAGAAGAGCGAAGUUAAAGAAGUUCCACAGAAGGAAGCAAAGGCGGCACCGGCGGAGGAUAAGAGAGUAGACUACCAGCAGAGUAUUUCAUCAGUCAUCUUUGAUGAGUUACCCCUCAGACGUAGAGAAGAGAGAAAAAAUGCUCCGUUGGAUUCAUUCAUUCCACAAAACAGCACCAUCAGUCACUCAUCUCAGAAUCAGACAGCCUAUGAACAACCCAGCUUCCAAAAUAUUUUAUCCAGUACAGUAGUUGAUCCUAAGUCUACACCACAGUUACAGCAAACUAUAGGAUUAUCUGUGCCACUUAAAAACAGGAAGGCAUUUGCAAAAGAUGGUGUUUUUAAAGUGCCAAAGUUUUUGCCUCACAGAUCGGUUACGCAGAGCAGCACUCUUAUUGACUUUAACAUGGUAUCAAUUCCAGAGGAGCUCGAGACUGAUUUGUCUGAAGAGAAUACUAACGUAAUAAAAAACACUGGAAAUGAAGCCCCACUGCAAGGGAGCCAAGCUGUAGACUCAUCACACAAACAUGUACAGAGCCAACCUAUCUUGAAAUCCCCUCAAGUGCUACAUGACAGAGAUUCCCAUGAAGACUGUAUAAAACAAAAUAUGGAAAAUAAGCCGAAGAAGAACAUAUGUCAUGAUCGUGGUGAAUCCUGCGGUGUGUUUGUUCCACCAUCUCUUAAUAUAACAACAAGCAAGAAUGAAUCUCUAGCCACGAGACGGUCAGGGAGAAUACGAACAAAACCCCUCGAGUUUUGGAACUUUGAAACAGUUGAGGUGAAAAAUUUAGAAAAUGGUGAAGUUAAUGUAGUUCAUCAUAAACAAGAACUUCAUGUCACCAAGAAAAAGAAAAAAGAAGAUAAAAAGUUGGUACCUGUACCUCCCCCAUAUCCUGGUUUAAGUCGCAGUGGAAAACGGCAUUCUGUUGAACAGUCACUCCAUACGCCAUCCUUGGGCUCUUCUCUGUCAAAGAGAAAAUUGUAUUCACCUUUGUAUGACAACUUUGAUGAAACAGCAGAGGUUGACGAUGAACAUCCCUCCAAGCGUAGGAGUAUAGAGAGAACACAAGAUUGCCAAGACACACCGCAAGUGGUCAAGUUUAAGGAUUUGAAAUUCAACCAUAUACAGAUGAAUGAUUAUAAGUGCUACUUCGCCAAGUGUAUCGAGGACAAACAACUUGAUAUUUAUUCAGGAUUCAUGUUCCUCGAGUGGGGCAAGGUAGUCUGGAACACCACCAGGGAGACGAACCUAUAUGUGCUUGAUGGAUGUGGUACUUUGCAUGUACUAGAAAAAAAAACAGUCGAAGGAAGAGCCAUUCAUCUAAACCAGUCCUUUAACACGACUAUAACAAGUGGUAAAAAAUUGUCCAUAAAAAAGGAUGGAAGAAGCAAGAUGUUGAAGCUUUUUCUUGUUUUCUCAUCAAGAGAAGCAUCAGCUAUUAUUGAAGCUGCAACUUACCUGUAACACACACAAGAACACGUCAGUAUGUAAGAAACAAACAGUUGGUUUCAUAAGUUUGAAUAGUGCUCCAAAAUUUUAAUUUCUGUGACAUUUGGUUGUUAACAUCUCAUAAUUUAAAUUUUUUUAAAUAUUUUUAUAACAUGUUAACUAAUACAGGCCCCCCCCCAUACAAGUUCGCGGUUCUCGGCUAUUCGCGGAUGACACCCUGGAUGUACCCAAGAAUGUCUGUGGGUAGUUUUAAAGUUGCCUCGUUUUCGUGGCUGGAACAGAGAGUCAUUCGUUCUAGAGACAUUAAUUUCUUUUACUUGUAUUGUAAAUAUGUGUGUAGAUACACACACACACAGAUGAAUAAUAAUUGGAAAAUCCUCUCACAAAUAAUCAGAAACAAAUUUAUUAAAAAUUUGACUGUUUACACUCAAGUUCAUUCUCUAUUACAGUACUUUAAUAGAGCACGGACUUGAGGGUAAACUCACAUUUUUAAUAAAUUUGUUUCUGAUUAUUUGUGAGACAUACAAUACUAAAUUUUUUGUACACAAGUAAAGAUUUUAUUCACGGAUUUGGCGAUUCACGGCCAUUUUGAGAACCUAACCCCCGAGAAUUUUGGGGGCCCUUUAUACCAUUUUUAUUUUUAGUGUCAGUCAUAGAUGUUUGAUAUUUGUGUAUAACGGCUGUAAGCUAUGACUUCUGACUUACUGAGCAAUAAGUACUGUCCCAGUUACCACAUGACACCAUCCUCUCUGCUCAUGUACACAUAUUGUUGCAUCCUGGAUGACCAUAACAUUUAUUACAUACUUCCAUUAUUUUCUUGGUCAUUCUUUUCCCUCCUGUUAUCUUCAAAGUAUUUAUGAAUUGAAUGCAUGUGUGUAACAUACCUUAGGCAAAUAUUUUUGUUUAGAAAUUUUUAUUUCUGGGUGAGGUCAUACAGUUUGAAGGCACCAAAGCCACCUAUUAACUGCCUUUGCCACCUGUGGUAACACAGUUUGUUGCAACAAAUACCAGGUGUUUGGUUUUUAACUGUUCACCCAGUUAGGACAAAGUUCUAAUGUAUAUACAGUACAAGAUUUCAGAAAGUUGGUCUCAAGUGCCUACCACCAUAGAUUUUUCAUUUUUUUUAAUGGUACGGUACCAUGUAAAGGUUUGUGUCUCCAAGAGAAGUCAUAUGCUGCCAUCUAGUGUUUUGUUUGAUCAAAUUUUUCAGUUUUGUGCCAUACUUCAUUAUUAUAUUGCUUUGUAUGUACAGUGUCAAGUUUUUUCUGCUGUCAGUAUCUAGUUGAUUUUAUGUGCUUCUCUGUGCUCAAUACAGUAUUAGGGAGGUGAGACCAGUUCAAUAAGUUGAGUUUACCAGUUGCUACUCAACAUUGAAGAAAGGAGUUGUACAUUAUUUUUUUAGGGUUUAAUUACCCAUACCAUAUUCUUAUCAUUAAAGAUCCAAUUUAACAUUAA